GCAAAAUAACGAUGCAUGUACAUAGGAGUGUACUAAUUCAUCAAGCUGAUGUACGACUACCCAUGACCGAGCUACAAUAAGAUCCCAACUGAGACCAGAGAGCAAUGGUUUCAGAAGUGGGCGGUAAAAACUCAACAUAUUCAAACCUUAGUUAGUUUAUAUCUUCUAUUUUGUUUAAUUAUUUUUUUAAUUUCGAUUAACUCGUGCUAAAUAUUCUUUGUGCAAGAGAAAUUUAUAUGGGGCAAGACUCACGAUGCCAUUAUUAGGAAGAUCUUCGACCAUUGGAUGGUUAGGCAGCUUCAGCAGAUGUUGAAGGACAUAUGUGAGCACCGCGACUACCUCACCACCAUUUGGCUUCGUCCGGACAUUAAGAAGGCACUGUGCGUCCAUUGGGAGACUAAUAAAGGGUUCAAGGGUAGCUGCCUCACAAACAAAGCUGACAGGGUAUCGGCCAGGUCGUCGAAAUAUACCAAUGGGAAGCGACUUUCAUGAAAACAAAGUCUAAGUCGUUGGAUCAUGAUGCGAUGAUGUCGGAUACUUUCAAGUAUACUCACACGUUGAAGGAGAAAAAUGAGAGAUUUGCUUAUCAGCGGGUUGUGGAUCAUUAUGAGUCCUACACGCAAAGAUUAAAGGUCGCAACCCAGCAAUCUCAAUGUACUGGAGACGACGACAACAACUCCGCUGCAUCAUUCGUCGAUCCUGAUAUGGUUUGGUGCGAGGUCGCAUCUGAGUCGUACAAGAAUCGCGUCUACGGGUUGGGAUCAUUCUUUACUGACAACCUUCGCACAUCCACAUUGAGACAAUCAUCUGCCUCUGCCACUAGUCGGCCCUUCGAUCCCAGGACAAUGUCGAUUUGAGGGAGCAGGUGCUGCUCCUCACUCGGAGCCUUUACCAACAGGCUCAGUAGCUGCAGGAGUUUGAGGAGAGGUAUCAGGCAAUCCUUUCACGCAUGACAGAUAUAGGUGACCUCAGGCUGGAGUGGAGGUAGGAGCUGGAACGGCUUCAGCGGAUGAAAUGACAGAUGACGGUGUACCAAAUUCAAAUGCGUGCCAGUUGCAGCGGCAGUGCUGGUGGCAGCGGCGGCGUUGUUGGAGGGGCAUAAACAUCACCGCUUAGGCCGCCACCUCCGCAGAACCAGUGGAACGACGACGACAACUAUCAGGAUCUUUAGUGAUUAGGGUUUUGUUUUAGACUGUUGAUUGUAUUAUAUCUUCUAUUAUUUGACUUUUCAUUUCAUUUGUA